CCCGCACGAAAAAGGCAUUCCAACGGCCACCAGCCAGCCAUGUCACUCUUCCCCCAAAGCGUACAUUAGCAAAACCCUCCCUAGCCUUUCUACAUUAAGGCGGGAAACACGUAGACCGUUUAAAAACCACCCCAUUCCUUUCUACAUUUGAACCCGACAAUGGCAUCCGGGUCGAACUCUCUGAUGUGGUUCAGAAAGGGGCUCCGAAUCCACGACAACCCGGCGCUGGAGUGCGCGGCCAGGCGGGCGGAAUUUCUGUACCCGGUCUUCGUAAUCGACCCGCACUACAUGGAGCCCGACCCGAAUGAAUUCUCCACGGGCUCGAAACGGGCCGGGUUGAACCGGAUCAGGUUCCUGCUCGAGAGCCUGGUGGAUCUCGACUCGAGCCUCCGAAAAUUAGGGUCGCGUUUGCUCGUGCUCAGGGGCGAGCCUAGCGAGGUCUUGUUCCGCUGCUUGAAGGAGUGGAGCAUAAAGAAGCUAUGCUUCGAGUUCGACACAGAUCCAUAUUAUCGAUCUUUGGACGACAAAGUCAAGAGAUAUGCUACUGGUGCGAGUGUCGAGAUUUUCUCUCCGGUGAGUCAUACACUCUUCGACCCUGCAGAUAUUAUACACAAGAAUGGGGGAAGACCGCCUUUGACUUAUCAAUCUUUCGUCAAAUGCGCCGGGGAGCCCUCUUGGGCCUCGUCUCCUCUUGCAACCGAGCUUACGUCGCUUCCUCCAGUUGGAAGUUUAAAGAAUUGUCCGGUUGUAGAAGUCCCGUCAAUCGAGGAACUCGGCUACGAGGAGGCACACGAGGAUGAGAGGACUCCCUUCAAAGGCGGUGAAUCAGAAGCGUUAACAAGAUUGAGAGAAUCGAUUUCGAACAAGGAGUGGGUGGCUAAGUUUGAGAAACCGAAGGGAGAUCCCUCUGCGUUUCUAAAACCAGCAACAACUGUUUUAUCGCCUUACUUAAAAUUCGGUUGUCUUUCUUCGAGGUACUUCUACCAAUGUAUUCAAGAGGUUCAGAGAGAUGUCGGAAGGCACACCUCUCCCCCGGUUUCCCUUCUCGGGCAGCUGUUAUGGCGAGAUUUCUUCUACACGGUUGCUUUCGGCACUCCUAAUUUUGGUCAGAUGAAGGAUAACAAAAUCUGCAAACAGAUACCAUGGAAAAACGACGAUGAAUUGCUAGCUGCUUGGAGAGAUGCGAAGACGGGAUUUCCAUGGAUAGAUGCUAUAAUGAUGCAGCUAAAAAAAUGGGGCUGGAUACACCACCUUGCUCGGCACUGUGUUGCUUGUUUCCUCACGCGUGGCGAUCUGUUUGUACAUUGGGAAAAAGGGCGCGAUGUUUUUGAGAGACUUCUAAUCGAUUCGGACUGGGCUAUCAAUAAUGCCAACUGGCUGUGGCUAUCGUGUUCGUCGUUCUUUUACCAGUAUAACCGGAUCUAUUCUCCAAUCUCGUUCGGGAAAAAAUAUGACCCUAAUGGCAAUUACAUUAGGCAUUUUCUCCCGAUACUUAAAGAUAUGCCUAAGGAGUAUAUAUACGAGCCGUGGACUGCUCCUCAAAGCGUACAGGUUAAGGCAAAAUGCGUCGUCGGAAAAGAUUAUCCAAAACCAGUUGUGGCGCACGAUCUUGCUAGUAAAGAAUGCAAGCAGAUGUUACACGAGGCGUACGAGUUGAACAAAAGGUUAAACGGGAAGGUGAGUGAAGAUGAUUUGAAAUGUUUGAGGCGAAAAACGGAGGAUGAUAAUAGACAGAAGAAUCCCAAAUCCAAGAGGCUUAAACAGACGAAGAUCGAGUUUUCGACCGAGGAUUCUGAAAUAUAAUUUCUGCUAAUUUUUCCUUCCUCAGAUAGUAUUUGCAGGAGCAGUUUUGUUCAUUUUCCAGUCAUUUUAUCCUCAAUAGCUAAUUUUACCAGCCAAACAAAGCCUACUAAAUAUAUUUAAUUAGUAUUUAGUACUAUUAAAAUAUUUGAAAACAUUAAUAUUUUA